AUGCGCAUUCCUAAAUUUGAGGGUGAAUCAACAGAAUUCAAGGUAGAUAUAUUCUCCUCUGACACAGGCAAAUGGAGUGAGUCGGUAGUGUCGUGUCCGCGGGGAUUUCAGUUGGCUAACUACGCCUACGCUGGUGUUCCCUAUCAUGGUUUGCUUUUCUGGUGGAGUUCGAAUGGACACCUUGUUGGGUUUGAUCCGUACACCAGCAAAUGCUGUCGAGUGAUUGACAAACCCGUGGAAUUGGCACUGAAGCAUGGAAUUCAGCGCCUUGGUGUGUGUAAUGGUGCCUUGAGAAUAUGCCAAAUUGUAGAAGAAAAUAAUAGAAAGUUACUUGUUUGGGAGCUCAAGGACUAUGAUACAGAAGGCAAAUGGUCUUUAGAGCACAAGGUUAAUUUCAACGAUAUAGUUUCUGGUUAUCCUCGGCUCAAUAGAAUUCCGUCGGUGCUAGCCUAUUAUCUGUAUGACAGGGAUAUUGUGUAUGUGAUGCUUCCACCUAGAGUUUUUUCACUCAACAUGAGGAGAAAAAGAGUGGAAAUUGUCUGUGAUUUUCCGAGGAAUUGCACGUUUUACAAUGGCUUCAACGUCUUCAACUUUGUUUUUCCUUGUUGGCCAACACACAUUCCUUCUUAUCCAGAAUCCCUUAUAGAAAGAGAAGGCUGCCUAAUUACUCUGCGGCUUGCUACCUUGGAUAUUAGGCAAUGA